AUGAACUCAAUACAGUUUCAACACUUUAAGAUGGAGAAAGCAAGAGGAGUCUUGACUUUCCAAGCAAUAAGAUCGUUCACGAACUUAUUCAGACUGAUCGAACUGAUCCUUUUCCUAAUCUUGAUCUCCAAACUCUCUUUCCCUUCAGUGAAACUCUCCGGCGACGUUUUCAGGGAAGCAGCAGUGUUUCUCGUUAGCCCUAGGUUCGUUUUCUUCGUCGGAAACGCAAUUGUAAUUAUUCUUUUUGCGAAAUCCAGAGGAUACAUCUCCGCUCACGAGCCUACGUCAAAGACAACAGCAGAAGCUCCAUGCAACGAUCUUUACCAAGAGUUUCUUCACAAGAGUGAGAAGAAGAGAUCCGAAGUUUAUGAGACGAAAACAGCACAACCGAAGAAGCCGAGUGGAGUGAAAAGGGUUAGUUUCGGGAGAAGCCAAUCGCAGAAAGCGUUUGAGGCGGUUCAACCGCUGGAGAGUACAUGUGGCGGGAAAAUCAUGAAGAGGUAUGAGUCGGAGAAGCAUAUGAGAGUUUGUGACUCCGACAAGAAAGUAGCCGUGAGAGUUAAGAAACCAGGAGAUGGAAUGAGCAACGACCAGUUUAGGACAAAGAUUGAAGCUUUCAUCGCGAGACAAAAGAGAAUUCAAAAGGAUGAAGAACACUUGACAAUCUAG